AUGUAUAGAGCUUGCAAUUCUAUUAUAAAGCCAACUAUUCGUAGUUUGGCAUCAUCAUCUACACAACUUGGAUCGGCAGCUUCAACAUCGGUUGGUAGAAGCUACUCUAAAAAGAAGAAUCAAGAGGUUGAAGAUGACGACGAUGAAGAUGAUCACAGUAUCUCUGAAAAACAAGAUCGUCGUCGUAAACAACCUCAGGUCCAACAAGAACAAGAUGACGAUGAAUCAUUGGAUUUAAGUGAAGAAGAGUUUGAUGAAGAAGACGAAGAGGAUAUGGAAGACGAUGAAGAAGACGUAGAAUACGAUAGAUCACUCAGCUACUUUGAAGAUUUCGAAGGUAUGGACAAGGAUGUCAUGAUUGACAAGGACUACAAACCAAAGAUCGAGAUAGUGGAACGUGCCGUCGAAGAAGAUAUCGACAAGGAAAUUGCCAACAUUGAUAUGCGUGAACUCAAGCUUAUGCGUUGGGACAAUAGCGAAGAAGAUCUCGAACUCGCUCGCAAGGAAUACUUUUCAAUGAAGAAUGCUUUCGUUCUCGAUGAAACCACCGAGCAAGUAAUGAAACGUAUCAAACAAAAGCAACAAGAAGAACUCCCGGGUUCCAAAUUCCAAUCGGUUCGUGUCAACUAUCAAUUAGUCUCUGAUACCAAAACUACUCAAGUUGCUAAAUUAUUGGAUGGUUUUAAAAAAAAAUUCGAAAAACCAUUAGUUGAAUUAUACAAAAAGACAACUGAACAAGAGAAUAUCAAGAUUCGUGAAAAGAAACGUUUGAUCAAGACACAGUUAAAGAAAAAGGUGAAUACUAGAUUGAGCAGUUUGGAACAACAGUAUCGUGAUUUGGUCUAUGUCAAGAAUGCAUUGAGUCAUCAUCGUCUCGACAAGCAACGUUUGGACGACACACACAUUGAUGAAGCUUGGGACCGUUUGCUCGAGCGUUCGCAUAUCCUCGAUCCAUUCAAUUUGAUGCGUGAAGUCAUGUCGGACGAGUACAACGAUCUCGGAGAGGACUUGGAGUUUACCGAAGCCUACGUCACUCAACUUGCCAUGGUGCCAUUUGACUUUGCCAAUCCACGUUCCUACAAUUCGAUUGCCAAGUUUUACGAUACUAUCAUUGACUCGGUCGACGAGCAGUCAUUGGCCACCCCACUCCAAGACAUGUCGUCGAGCCAAGAAAAGAUGCUUGCCGAAAUUGAGAGUUUGCGUAAUCUCGGAUUCCAAUUGUCAGGUGAAGAAUUGGAACAAUUCAUGCAAGACAAUCAAGCUCGUUAUGACGGUCUCGUCAAAGAUGCCAAGCAAUCAUCCGAUCAAAAGACUGCUGCUGCCGCUGAAGGAACUACCGACGCAUCGUCACUCAAGGAAAAGAUUAGAUUAGCCAAGAUUGAUAGUCAGUUAAAGGAGGAACUCGAACGUACCAUUGACAAUAUCGAGUACAAGAUUGAAGUUAGCAAGGAUUACACCAUUGUUCCAACCAUUAAUGACGCCAAGUCGCCCGGCGAGAUGUUGGCCAAGUCCAAGUCAGCCUUGGAAAACAUCAAGUUUAAUCAAGAAGAGUAUCUCAAGAUUGCACACAGCAAGGGUGACGAAGAGAUUGUCAAGGAGGAAAAGACCGAGGGUGCCGAUGGCUCUGCCAACGUCCAUCAGAUCCGUCACGAGAUCAACGUUCUCUUGGCCAAGCGUGGUCAAUUGCUCGAAUACGGCAAGCCAAUCGGAAACAUUGACGAGCGUGUCCAAACUCUCAAGUCUCAAAUCCACGAGAUUGAACAAGCUGCCAGCUCCAAGAAAUACCUAGAUCUCUAUGAAGAUGACCCCAACGAAUUGUCAGAAGAUGCUAUCAAUCAAUUAGACAAUUUUGAUGACGACGAACAAGUCACUACUACCUCGACCACAACCACCGUCCAAGUUGAAGGUGAAGGUAAUGCUGAAGCUCCAGCUACUGAGGGAUCAGUUGAUGGAGAACCUGCUACCGCUACCACAAAGAUCAAUGUUGAAGAAUUGAUUGAAAAAUUAAACAAAGAUGACCGUAAACCAGAUGACAAGAUCUUGGGUUACAACGUACUCGUUGACAACCAUCCAGAUUUUAGACAAUUGGCCGACGAGUUGAUCGACACUAUCGAGAAUGAUGUCGACAAGGUUGCUCAAAAGUACGCCAACGCACCAAUCGACGAAAAGACCGCCUCUGACGUAAUCGAAGAGCUCUAUGGUAUGCACAAGGAGAACAAUAUUUUCAACCCACGUGUCAUCAAGCACGACCAAGAGAUUUUCCGUGACGCCUAUGGUGAUGUCAAGAUCCCAGCUGCCAUUGACUUCCAAUACGACACUACUCACCGUGACUUGGUCGAUCGUGACAUUUUGUUCAACAUGCCACCCAAGGACACCGAUCUCGUCCGUAUCCUCUCGUUGCAAUUAUCCGAUUUCGGUCUACUCAACAAGGAAAAGGUUUUGCAAGAGGCACCAGACAACGUUCCAUUCCCAAGAGCCACCGUCGAAGCCAACCCACACCAAUUCCCAGAUAUCAUGGAACACAUUGAGGAAUACGAACAAAUCAAGGAUGAAGUUGAAGCCAACGCUACCUCUGGUGUACCACCACAACUUACUAAAGAUAGUAGUAGUAGAAUUGGAGGAGAAGGAGAAGGAGCAACAGAAAAUAGUACUACUUCUUCUACAUCUGAACCAUUCAAUAGUGAUGACAUUUAUGACAGUCGUCGUUUAUAUACCAAUCUUUUACCAAUCUUCCAAGAAAAUGGUGUGUUGGCCGUACCAUGGAAGAAGCGUGCUGGUCGUCGUGUAUCAGUCGACCCAUACGUGCGUCCAACUGCACAGGUACGUACCGAAGAAGAGAUUGACGAGGAACGUAGCAUCCGUAAGGAGUUUAGAUCGCAUGAUGGAUGGUUGUUUGGUCGUCCAUUUGAUCUCGCCAAAUACCGUCUCCACGGUCAAGAAAAUGAAAUGCCUAUCCAGCCAGCCGACGAUGCCGACAUUGACGACCCAUGGGACGACCAUCUCAAUCAAGAGGCCGAGACCUACCGUUUCUUCCAAGAAGGUCGUGGUGAAGAAUGGUUUGGCCCCGAGCGUGUAGGCGACGCCAUGAUCGAGCGUCUCAACACUCGUAUGGACUGGUACCCCCGUGAGCACUUUGCCACCUACCCAUUCCAAUUUGUCAUCUCUCGCAACACCCAAGACCAAUACCACGACGAUUUCUGGAGCAAUAGAAAGGUGAUCAUGCGUGUCAAUGUCGCUGCCCUCGACUUGCCACCCGUCGUCGAAGAACGUCUUGCCGCCCUCACUCAACGUCGUUACGACCCCAAGACCCGUGUCCUCCAACUUGUCUCCAACAAUCAUCGUUCACAAGACCAAAACAAGCAUCAAUGCAAGGUCCUCUUUAACAAUUUGCUCCACGAGGCCUAUCUUGCCGACCCCAACUUUGUCUCGGUUCGUGAAGACCGUUACAUGGGCGAGCCAUACACCCCAUCCACAUUUGUACCAUCCCAGGCUGCUACCGAAAACAAAUCCUAUCAUUUCUUCCGUCUCACUGGUUUCCCAUCAGGUGACAGUGAAGUUAAAUUGAGACUUUUACAAUCUUUACAAUCAAAAUUAAAUUAA